ACUGGAGCACUUUUUAGUAGAAGGAAGGGGAGGGGAAGGCUCGGCCGUAGAAUCGGGGUUGCCUGCGCCUAUCAAACGGAGGCUGCUUGGGGAGACUGAGGAAAGCCACAGGCAAAAUAUUCUCUUUAGCCUGCUGUAAUUUUACAAUUAAGCGGGUAAGCAAUCAAGAACGCCAAACAUUCCAGAUGUAGUCUACCUGAGGGAGCACGAGACACAUGAGUUGUGAGGGAAAGUGCGCGCGCGCGUCUGGCCAUCAAAGCGAGGGCAAAGGAGACAGAUUUCAGGCAUUUUGUUUUCAUUUGAAAAUGUGUUUCUUGUCAGACUGAGUACAGUCCCUCCUUUGUUCGGCUUCACGGUUUCAGUGCUCUCUCCUCUCCUGCGGAGAUUGUAAAUAAUACUGAAGCAACAUGGCUGACAUUGCUGCUGCUGCCAGCGUAGCUAAUAUACCGUGCAGGUUGCAGUGCUAGCUAGCUAGCAAGCUAAUGCAGACGAUAUUUAUCUUGCAUUGCAUCAAAUACUGUAAGGUAGCCUGCUUGCUAGCAAGGCAUUGUUUUCAUCCUGAAGCACUGCAUGUAGCAUUAUGCUAGUGGUAAUGGUUCAAUAUGUAAACAAUUAGGUCAGCCAUUCUUGCAAUCUUGUUGAGAUGCUUUUGUGACGUUAGAUUUAGCCAGCCAAGUAACAUUACUAACGUUUACAGUUAGCUUGUUUACUAGCUAACGUUACUUUAAUCAAAGAACGUUAAUUGCCAGCUUGAACAAUAUUCUUGUCGAUAGAAUGUCAGCUAGUCAAGUACCUUGUAAGUUUCAUCUAUCAACAGAAAUUUAAAGGAAAUGUGUCAUGUUUUAUCUAGCCUCAAUGAACACACAUAUCAAUAUAGAUAUUUGACUAGUUCUGAAUGAAAGUGUAACAAUAGCUGGCCAACGUUUUCUUGGAAAAUCUUCUGGGUUUUUCAUGAAGGGCUUUAGCGAGCUUGCUAGAUAGGUCAACUAGGUUUCCCGUCUAUGGGUUUCAGCCUAGGCUGAAACAAAAUCCGGCCAACUGAUCGUAGGUAACGUUACUGCAUUGUUGAAUGCCAUCGCCAAUUUGAAAUUUAAGGUUUUAGGUAGUACCCAAAACCCUGUUGGGCGUUUCCCACACCGCUGUGUCAGAGGGGUGGGGCGGCAGUGUUAGCCCUCCUGCCCAGAACCCCCACUUCCUGACUGGAGAAGGUAGCGGACUUUCGUGUACCAGUGGUCGCACCCAAUUACCCCCAUUUCCAUUUCUGUUACGUUGGACUGGAUGCCAGGAGUUGUGAUCACGCCUCCGUUUUCACGCAGAUCUGGGGCGCUGCACCAGAGGUUUCCCCCAGUAAAGCUGCGUGCCCACUAAAAGGUACACCAGUGACUUUUUCACCCUAGUCUGGCAGCCUGGCUGCACCCCACACCCAGAUGAAUGAAGACCCCAUUCGGGAAGAGCGCAGGACAGAGAUCACGAGCUGAUGCAGGGCAUGCAGGUGUGUCUGCAAAUAUGAUGAAGAAGAAGAACUCCCACAAAAAACACAAGGCCAGCCUGGGACCAAACAAACCUGUGUCGCAGCCGCGGAGAAACAUUGUGGGUUGCCGUAUACAGCACAUCUGGAAGGAGGGCAGCGGUACGGCCUCGCAGUGGAAGGGAACUGUGUUGGACCAGGUGCCAGUUAACCCCUCACUCUACCUGAUCAAGUACGACGGCUUCGACUGCGUUUACGGACUGGAGCUACACAAGGACGAGCGGGUGCAGGGCCUUGAGGUGCUGCCUGACAGGCUUGCGUCCUCGCGCAUUAGUGACGCCCAACUGGCAGACACUAUGAUCGGGAAGGCAGUGGAACACAUGUUUGAGACGGAUGAAGGUUCUAAGGAUGAGUGGCGGGGAAUGGUCCUGGCCCGAGCGCCCAUUAUGAACACUUGGUUCUACAUCACCUACGAGAAGGACCCGGUGCUAUACAUGUAUCAACUCUUAGAUGACUACAAGGACGGCGAUCUCCGCAUCAUGCCUGAUUCAAAUGACUCCCCACCUGCGGAGCGGGAGCCUGGGGAGGUGGUGGACAGCCUGGUGGGAAAACAAGUGGAGUACGCCAAAGAGGACGGCUCCAAACGGACUGGCAUGGUCAUCCACCAGGUUGAAGCCAAGCCCUCUGUCUAUUUCAUCAAGUUCGAUGACGAUUUUCACAUCUACGUUUACGACCUGGUAAAAACCUCCUAGGCCGGUGCAAUGAGUCAGGGCCCCGGUUGAGAGUGGAAGUUGGUUGCGGUUAGUUUGGAGUAGGAGGAGAGGAUCUGGCUGAGAAACAAAAAAAAACAUAUUCCAUCGACUUUUGCCAAACAUUUUUCUCAAAGCGUUUCAUUGUGACAUCCUUACCUGAGACGAGAUGGGACAUUUCACUGGAGCCUUUGGAUUGCCACUAGUUGAGCGUCUGAUUGUUUUGGGAGCGGAAGCAUGACGGGGAGCUCUGUGUAGCAUGACGCUCAGCUGUCACACAGGAAGAAAUGGCUGAAGGAACCGAGUUCUCUUAAGGCGGCCUGACCUUAACAAACCUUAAGAAGAAGAUCUUGUAAGAUGCACCAUCAUCAUGCCUGAUGGGACUUUGCACUCUGCGUAUUAUGAGUCAGCUCUUGUCCUUGUUUGGGAUUGGGUUCAAUCUGGCCAAUGACUGACUGCAGCACUCCCAGCAACUGUCGUUAGGCCUCCCACACCUGUCUGGUUUCCAUGCUGUUCCGUUCUGACCUGCAUCACCCAGUCACACUUUAUCAGAGAUCUGAGAAAAUGGUUAUUUAUGUUUGUUUGUUUUUCUUUUAGGAACUUGAUGUAUGCAGUGUGCAAAUCCCAGCACUGGUCUGUAUUGUUUUGGUUACUGUUUUUUUUUUUUUUUUUUUUUUUAUUAUUAUUAUAAUUAUAAUUUUUUACUUGUCUCUGUGUCUGUUCUUGAUACGCAGUAUACUCAAAAUAUUGCAGACCUACAAUUCUAUGCUGACGCAGCUUGUUUAAUUGCGGUUUUGUCUUAAGCACUAAAUGUCAGAUUAUCUCUGUAAAAGAGAGGAUUGGAGCACUUGAAAUGUUACUUAGAUUCGGUCACUUUGAAUGCUUUUUGAAAUUACUUUUUUUUUUAUUGCCUUUGUUUCAUGUUUCAGUCGACAGAAUUUUAAGUAUGUCUUUUAAAGUUCCCUAACUAUUUCAUUGUUGGUUAUGUGUUAUUUAAGAACAGUAACAAUCAUGAAUAGCACAAUGGUUAUUUGUAUCAUCUUCACAAGUUCACAAAGUGAUGGUUUCUGCACAUCGUUUUCCUUUUAAAACAUAUUUUUGCAUUAUCUUUAGGUGCAUUUUUAUUUACUAAAUUUUUAUUUUAAAAUUAAAAGGUUUGUCUGCAUCAUCUCAAACUGUUAUUCAUACCUUCAAAAAGUAUUCAGACUACAGAGAUUUGUGUAGUGUUUCAUUUUCUCAGACCACACUCAACAAAUUAGGUAAAGAUAAUUAGAAAAGGCAAGUGUUUGGAGGGCAUUGUUCUUCCAAUUUGUUUUAAUGUUUGAGAUAUUUGUUUAAAAAAACAUAUGAGCCUUCUUGAUUCUCCAUUUUGCCUCAAUUUGAGCCUAAUCGUUUGUGCCUCACAGUAAACCAUUGAUUGGUUAGUCAUCAUUUAACGCUACAUUCUUAUGCCAUCUUAAGUAUUUUGUUAUCAUUUCCAUUUUGCUAGCAGAAGGUAGUGCACCGGAUGACCAGGGCCCCCUUUUGGAAUGUUACAAUGUUUCUUCGAGCUGCCCAGCAGACUCUCAAAAAAAGGAAGUCCCAGAUGUUACUCAUUACCUCACAGCGUAGUGUUCUAGUGUGUUCAGCCCUCACACGCGUUUCGCUCCCUAUCCGCCUUUUCUGUGACUGCACUACAUGCACACCAGCCAAGUCUCUGAAGUGGCUUGAACGGUGUCCUGUGUUUUUGUGACAGAAAAAAAAAAAACAUGUACUUGCCUUGUAGCUGAUGGGGAGGUAGACUUUUUUUUUUUUGGUCAUUUUUUGUUCAUGGCACACUCAUGACGUUGUCACCCGCAGGUUUGUUAUUGUUUUAGUUCCCACAAUCCAAUCUAGUCUGACGUAGCUGUUUUGAUGUUGGAGACUUGCAUUGCUGAUCCUGAGACGUUAACUGAAAGUGACAGCCUGUCUAACCAAAAUACUAAUUCAAACAUGAGUAUGGAAACAACCUGAUAAUCACAUGGUGCUGCAAAGGAUAACUAACGUGGUCAUAGCUGGUCCUUGCUGCGUUGCUUAUCCAUCCAAUCACAGGUCAGCCUCCGAGCCCCUCAGUGUGACGAAAGCAGCAGUGUGCAUAGUCAUCACUCAUCACGGCUUUUCGUACAUGCAGUGUCUUCAGUCAGUAGGGAUCUGUCUUAUUCCCAGUGGUGCCACCUGUCCUUAUUCAAAGAGAGGACCUUCAGUAAAAACAACUAAAAGACUCCUUCUAUGGACUGGCCUUUUACAUUUACCUACUGUAGUAUCGUACUGUGUUUUGAUGUAGGUUCGACGUGGAAAGUUUCGAGAAAAAAAAAAGGAACUCUAGACCCUUCUUUUUGCAUGAGUAGAACCUGUAAGUGUAAGUUAGUGUGAUGCAUGUGUUUUUUGUCUCCAUUUCAGUUACCUGUUCCCUAAAAAUCAGAGAUUUUUAUGUUGUAUUGCUAAUUGUGGAAGUUCCCUUUAUAUUUGUUUGCAUUUCUUCAAAAAAAAAAGAAAAACAACAAAGUAUUUUUAUUUUAUUUUGUACGAUGCUCUAUAGAAUCAAAUGCACUGGUGUUGUAUGUGGAGUGCCAACAGGAUUGAAGUUCCAGUGUUACACAGCAUUUGAGGGAUCAUAUCUUUUACACAGUGCUCCUGUUCUACACAAAGACUAAUUAUUUAUAACGUAUCCUUUACCAGUGCCAUAAUUAAAACAUCUAAAAAAGAAAACAGCCUUAUGUGAUAGGGAGAGUGAGGGAAAUGAAACCGUAUACAGAUUUAUAUAUGAAGGGUGUAUGCAUGUGUGCGUGUAUGUAAUUGAGUCCUUCUCAUGACAUAUCGGAUUAAACUGUACAUUUUCACAAACUAAAGAAUAAAUACACGCUAGGUUCAGUAAGAUUUCGUUUACAGUACUGGUUGUGUGCGGCAAAUGACAGUAUAAUAAAUAUGGUCCCUUUGAGAUGCUGUUGUUGUUUGAAAUACAUUGUAAAAUACAGUGCAAUUUGAUGGUCACAGAUACAUGUAUAGUUGCUUCUCUUUUUGGACUAGCUAUAUGGUUUCUAUUGGACCACAUUUUUUGUCUGUUUUCAAACAUGUAGAUACUCCAUUUUAUUUGCAUUUAGAAGUAUAAACACAUUUUAAAAACUGUUACUUAAUUCUGUAAGUAAUUUUUAUAAUUAUUAUGUAAGUCUAUCCUUAUAACAUUAAAAAAUAAAAACGUUAUGUGACAUUGUGUACUCAUGUUUUUGCAAAUAAAUCUUUGCUUUAUAUUGUGUGUACAAGAGUGUGUGCAUGCACUUUGGGGGUGUCAUCGACCUGGUGGAUAGAUCAAAGAUUAAAAAUGAUUUUCUUUUAUUUCUUA